UUCUCAUUCGCGGGUAAGCUGGAAAGAUGACGGCAUUCUGCGUCUACCUGUCCCUACACAGGCUGGGGUGACCUUUGGGCAGGUCACGUGAUCUCUCUGUCUAUUGAAGGCGAUGGGAUUAAUACCCGCUUCCAAGAGGCGUCUAGAACACUUACGGAGUCGAGACCAUACUGGCCCCUCCAGCCUGGUUCAGCCACACCUCGGGCCAAAAGCUGCCCUCCCGACAGCCCUGGCUCUAGAGCCCCGCCCCCUGUCAGGAUUGGCUGCUCCGGACCUAGUUUCACGCUCAGUGAUUGGCUGCAGUGACCGUCGGUCCGCGGAUCUGGGCCCGGGCGGCUGAAGACGGAGCCAUGAGCGGAAGGGCCUGAGCUCAGCUCCCAGCUUCAGCCUCGCACCCACUGCGGCGGCGGCGGCGGCCCGGGAGCUGGGGCUGAGCCCUGAGCUCCGCCCGCCCGCCGGCCUGGACAGCCGUGGGGAGGGCAGGAAGUCAAACAGUACCAGGCCUUCAGGAAACUACGUGGCAUUGCAUCAUGAGUGACAAUAAAUGUGAUAGUCAUUUUUAUAGCGUGCAAGUUGCAGAUUCAACUUUCACAGUACUCAAACGUUACCAGCAAUUAAAACCAAUAGGAUCUGGAGCUCAGGGAAUUGUUUGUGCUGCUUUUGAUACAGUUGUUGGGAUAAAUGUUGCUGUCAAGAAAUUAAGUCGACCAUUUCAGAAUCAAACUCAUGCAAAGAGAGCUUAUCGUGAACUCGUUCUGUUAAAAUGUGUCAAUCAUAAAAAUAUAAUUAGCUUAUUGAAUGUGUUCACUCCACAAAAAUCUCUAGAAGAAUUUCAAGAUGUGUAUUUGGUUAUGGAAUUAAUGGAUGCUAAUUUAUGCCAAGUGAUUCAUAUGGAAUUGGAUCAUGAAAGAAUGUCUUACCUUCUUUAUCAGAUGCUUUGUGGUAUUAAACAUCUUCAUUCAGCUGGUAUAAUACACCGAGAUUUGAAACCCAGCAACAUAGUAGUAAAGUCAGAUUGCACACUCAAGAUCCUUGAUUUUGGCCUGGCACGAACAGCAUGUACUAAUUUUAUGAUGACUCCAUAUGUAGUCACACGGUAUUAUAGAGCACCUGAAGUUAUCUUGGGGAUGGGAUACAAAGAAAAUGUGGAUAUCUGGUCUGUUGGGUGCAUUAUGGCAGAAAUGGUCCUUCAUAAAGUCCUGUUCCCAGGAAGAGACUAUAUUGAUCAGUGGAAUAAAGUUAUUGAGCAGUUAGGAACACCGUCUUCAGACUUUAUGAAGAAAUUGCAACCAACUGUGAGGAAUUAUGUAGAAAACAGGCCAAAAUAUCCUGGUAUCAAAUUUGAAGAACUUUUCCCUGAUUGGAUAUUCCCAUCAGAAUCUGAACGAGAUAAACUGAAAACAAGUCAAGCUAGAGAUUUGUUAUCAAAAAUGCUUGUAAUAGAUCCUGACAAGCGAAUUUCUGUUGAUGAAGCCUUACGACAUCCUUAUAUUACUGUUUGGUAUGAUCCUGCUGAAGCAGAGGCACCACCACCGCAAAUUUAUGAUGCCCAGUUAGAAGAACGAGAACAUGCUAUUGAAGAAUGGAAAGAACUAAUAUACAAAGAAGUAAUGGACUGGGAAGAAAGAAGCAAGAAUGGUGUGGUAAAAGAUCAACCUUCAGAUGCAGCAGUAAAUAGCAACACCACUCCUUCUCAGUCCUCAUCUAUCAAUGAUAUUUCAUCCAUGUCAACAGAGCAGACAUUGGCUUCAGAUACAGACAGCAGCCUGGAUGCCUUGACAGGACCCAUUGAAGGUUGUCGAUGAUGAGUUAAAAAUUGCUAACUUGCAGUUGGAAAAGAACUCUUGAUUCCAUGCUUGUAAGUUCAUGGAACCAAGCAGAGAAACUCCAUGUUCUGCAUGUCCUAGUCAGUGCAAUGCCUGUGUUCUUACUCAGCUGUAAUUUGAUUGCCUGCUUGAUGUUAUAAAAAUGAAAGCAAUGCAAUGUCUGACAACAAAAACAAAAAUCACAAGCCAAUCAUAGAAUAUUUCAGGUGAGCAGUGAUAGUAGGUGGGGAGGAAAACAGAAUUGUGAUAUCAGCAGUGACCAUGUAUCUUUAGCAAACUUCUGGGCUUAUACUCAGGUGCCAUCAGAAGCUUGCUUUAUUUAUUUGGCCUUACUUUCUGGCCUGUCUAGCAUUCAGAUACAUGGCAGGUAGGAGUCCAGUGAUGCUCCAGACAGUAUCUUUUUUCCAAGUCAUUUCUUAUUCCUGCUGAGUAAUGUGGUGUCUACAUAGGAGAAAUAAAUAGUCCUGUGAGGUAAUCAGCUAUUGUUGCCUAUUUUGCUCUCUAUCAUAGUAUGCUUCAUUCUAUGACUUUUUUCUUUCAGGAGAACAGGCAUUUUAAAAGUAUAUAUUAAAUCAUUUUUUAAAAGCAGUUGCUUUCCAUGAAUUUAUGGCAUUCAAGGCUGAGGAUGAAUUAUUGUAAUAUGUGUGUAUAUAUAUAUAUGUAUAUCUAUAUAUAUGUUGAUGUUGAUGUUGACCACUACUCAAAAAUAUUUACAGGAACGUUCGUUCUUCUUAAAUUGCUCUGUCCUGUGUUGAUUUGUAAAUUUGACUCUUCAUUAUGCCAAAGGAUGUUUUGUUAUAUGCAAAGUCACAUAUUGACUUUUAAAAGCCUGUCCAUUUUACUUAUCCCUGAUCUGCUAGUGCUCUAGAUAUCUAAGUUUGCAGUGCUUUAAGGAGAUUUAUAUCUCUCAAUACAUAUUGUUACAGUUAUUCACAAAAGUAUGAUGGCACAUGAAUUCUUAAAUCUAUUAUCUUCAUCACUGAUGCUUAGAGUAGAUUUUUGCAACAUUAUAUCAGGGAGGACAGAGUGCUGGACUUGGGGAGUCAGAAAGACCUGGUUUCUGAUCCUGCCUCUGAUGCUUACAGGCACACACAUGAAUGUGGCAAAUCACUUAAGAUUCUUGAUCCUUAGUUUCUUUACCUGUUAAAAGCAGAAAGUAAUCCACAUAGUACAUGUCUCCAGGUUCAGAUAUGAUCAUGUGUAGAAGAUAUUUGCAGAUUUUAAAAUGAUACAGCAAAUGCCUACUUUUUAUGUGAAAAGUCAAAUUGACUAUUCUAAAUGAAGAAAAACAUUAUUAUUCCCAUUUCAUAUUUUGUCAUAUUUCUAAAUGGAAGAUGCUUAGAAUAUUUUUUAGAAAGUUCUGGCUUUUUUUGUUAACUUUUCUGAAAAGUAUACAAAGGAAAUCUGUCUUGGGAGUUGCCUUUUUUUAACUAGCAAAAUAAUUAUUGAAAUAUGACUUUGGGACUUGAGGAGGCAUGCUGAACUACAGUUAAUAAACUGGUAAGAGAUUUUUAACUCAUAAUUAAACUGCUCACCUGAAAGAGAUACUUUGGAUAUUAUUAAUUUGUUUGUGUGUGUGUGUGUGUGUGUGUGUGUGUGUGUGUGUGUGUGUGUGUGUUUGUGUGUGUGUGUAUACACACACAUACCAAUAUAUGUCAAAGUUCAUUAAGACACUGAGUAUCUAAAUGGCAUUGCAGAAAUGGAGUGAAUUAAAAACAAUUGCAUUUCAAUUAUGUUGCUCAUAAUUUUUCUCCCUCAAGAGCUUGUUUUCACAAACUAAUAUCUUGUUUUUUAGUCAUUUGGGAAGUUAUUCGAACUGAGCAUUUAGCAGAAUGUGUUUCAAGGAAGUAUUUUAGUAAGAAAAAGUCUGUAUAAAUACUGUGUAAAGAUGAGAUUUUGUCUACACCGGUUAUGUUGUAUGGUUGGUCUUAUCACUGGAAACUGGAGCCUUUUGUGGAAAGGAAAACAAACUUACAUGAAUCUCUUGAAAUCAUUUAUUCUGUAUCAAAUGUUACAAAGCAAACAAAUUCAGCCAAGAAUAAACACUUUGGUGACUAGGAUUCCAACAGAAAUAGCCAGUAUAAAAAGUUAUCAUCAAUUGUACUUAAUGUAUUUGAGGGGGGGAAAGGAUCUCACUUUAUAUUAAGAUAGCCCUUUUCUUAACAUUUCUUAUUUGAAGAGCAACAAAUCCACAUGCCUACAUUUCUCUUUUUUUAAAUGCACUUUAAAAAAAUUGAUGACACUUUGGUAACUUUUUUGUUUUGGAAGUUUGUCUGAACCCUGAAGCUUCAGAGGGCACUUUGUCCUACCACCUACCAAAGGAUAUUUGUGAGUGGAAUCCAUUGUAACUUGUCUGUAAAUUAUACCACUGCCCAUUUAUUUUAAGAUGCAAUUCCAGAUGUUUCAUUGACAAAGCCUACUAUGAUUUGGAUGAUUUCUAUUGACAUCAUCUUUCUUCUUAUAUGUUACCAUUGUGGUAGAAUUCUGUGAAUUUGCUCUACGUGGCAGAUCUAAAACUUAAGACCCCAGUGCUGGAGGCAACAUAUUUUUUUCAUAAUGAUACCUCACCUCAUCCUAUUCCCCAGAUCCUGGGCUGACUGACCUGGUUCUCAUACAAUGUGAAUUAUUCUAGUUUGACCUUUUUUGACAGUUAUUAAAGUUGGAUAGCAGAUUACAAAUUUUGCAUAUCUUUUUGUUCUUUGUCUUGUUGACGUAAUCCUUUGGGGACAGCGUUCUUAGAACAAAGGUAACUUAGAAUAAUCUUGGAAUUCGAAAUUUGGAUUUUUUUUAAAUUGGCUCAAUUUUUAGCCCAAAAGAGAACAGUAGUUCUGUUCACAUUUCACUUGCCUAUUCCCAAGCAUGGAAAGCUCUUGGAGCAUAGUAGCAGGUCAACUUGACAAACAUUAAGUGUGUACUAUGUGCAGGGCACAAAUCUUGGCAUAGGGGCACAAAGACAAAAUGAGACACAUGCGCCCUCCCUCAAGGAGCUUAGACUGUAAGAGCAAGGGCCAGGGAAAUCUGAAAUACAGAUUUAUGUUUUAAACAGUGGUUUUUCUUGGCCCUAAUCAUUGGCAUGUGAAUUUCGGAGCAGUAUAAUGGAAUAACAGCUAGGGGAGAAAACUCUUUAUCUGUGGAAUUCUGAAUGUAACCUUGGUUUAAUAUUGUCCUUUGCGACAAGUUCAUCUGAGUAACUUGUAUGAUGGCUACACUAAAUCUGGUCAUAGUCACUCAUGACCAAACAUACGUCUUGGUAAUUAAUAUAGAUAAUCUUUGAGAUUGUACAUCCCCAAAGUAAAUGGAUUUAUCUAAGUACUUAUCAUGUAAAAAAUAAAAUGUCUCUCCAUUUGAAUCAAUGAGAACUCCUGAGGCCAAAUUUUUAAAUAAGAUCCCUUUAUUUGUACCUUUAUUGAAAGGUAUAGGUGGCAGAUUUGUAGCAGCAGAUUGUGACCUAAUAGAUUUCCAAGAAUAGACUCAUAUACGCACACACUCACAAUGUGUAGCCCCCUACCCCCUUCCAGGUGAAGCCUCCUUAAAAGACUGUGACCAAUGGAGUGCUUGUUAGCUGUCAUUUGUGUUUAGGACUUGCUGCUUAAAAACCCUAAUGGUGCUUGCAGUUUUGCAUAUGAACCAUUUCAUUUUCUCUUUUUGAGGUACUUUAGGAUGCUUUUAACAUAGCAUCAUAGGCUUGAAAGGGAAGGGCAGAACUACCCCUUACCAUCCCGGAUAAAUAAAUAUAGUAUCUAUCUUAUUUUAAAAUAAGGAGGGGAAAAUAUCUAAUUAUAAGCAUGAUGUAGAUUUCUCAAUUAUUUUUGCUUGAAGAUUAAAAGUCCAAUUCCAGAUAAAACAAACCAUGCUUUUUUUCAAUUUGAAAAAAAAAAAUUCAUCCAGAAAUUAGCUGUUUGAUCUGGUCCAGAAAACUUUCUGAUUGUGUGUGAUGAAUUUAAGCAUUAGUUCCCUUUCAUAAGGUGUUUAUUUCAGAAUUUUAAUCAGACAUGAUCCCCAAAAUGAAAUUACUGCAUUGACAUAGUUAUUACUGAUUCUAUUUUGUGAAAAUAUAAUUAUAGACUUUAGAAAACCAUUAUGUUGAUACACAUUUUCCUUGAUUUUAUCAAUGGAACGUAGAGCUAUGGUCUAUCUCCCUGUUAGUUUCUGUCAUGGCCCCUAUAUUUUUUUGUAUAUACUACUCAGGUCAUUGCUGCCACUUUUCAAUUAAAAAAAAAAGGCUUUAAAGACAGAUGUGGUCAUUUUCUUUAAUUGUGCACAGAGAGAAGUCAGAUGGUGACACAGUAGCUGCUGCUGACUUUUUCUUGGUCAGAGAAAAUUAAAGCUGGAAAGGGCGUCUAAGUCACCUCAUUCAAAUCCUUCAUUUUAAAGAUGAGGACACCCAAGGCCCGAGAUUAAUUGAUUUCAAUUCAAGACCACAUCUCUGUUUAAACUGCAACAGAACCAGAACUAGAUCCCAGAUCUAUUGAUUCUCUGCUCAGAACUUUUUGAAAUGAACACACAUACAUGCCUACAGACUUGUAGCCUCUCAUUCUUUAUUAUGGUUCUGGGGAAAGGCUGUUUCAGAGAUAUCUGGUUGUUCAAAGCAGGAGGGCGGAGAAUCUGCUAGAACCUCAUGAUUUCAUUUUUCACUACUCCCCACAAAGGAAGAUUUUCUGAGUCCUUAUUCUAGCCCCCAGGGCCAACUGGGGUUCUUAUUGAAGAGCAAAGGAAGGAAACUCACUGCAGGUCAGGUGUCCCCUUUCCUUUAUCUUUUUCUGUCUAUGACUUAAUAGCUGCAAGCUUACAAGGGGACGAGCUUUAAUCUUAAUUGUAAAGCUUCAUGAAAACAAAGCAAAGUGUAACUACACAUUUAAAGACCAUGUUCAUUAUGGGGUUUUGACAAACUAGAGUAUGUAAUUUAUUCUUCACCUAAUCACUUUAAAUUUUUGCUCUUCUAAGUGUCACCUUCUCUAUUCUCCCCCCAAAUUUCCCCAUGUGUCAUCUUUAAUUCUAGUGAAAAUGAUAUGCCUUUGACUUUGUGCCCCAUGUUUGAAUUUCAUAGAAUCUCAAGAGUUGGAAGAUGUCUUAGAGCUCAUCUAGUCCAACCUCUAAUUAAACAAGAAUUCCCCUUUAUUAUAUCCUCAACAAUGGGCCCAUCUAUCCUCUAUUUGAACAUUUCCAGUGACUGAUGUCGUACUACCUCACAAGCCAGCCUGUUCCAAGUUUCAACACUUCUAAUUGCUUUAAAUAUGUUGAACCAAAAUCUACUUCUCCACAACUUUCGCCCAGUGAUUCUGAUUCUGCUAUUUGGAGCUGUCUGAAAUUAAGUCCUAUCCAUCUUCCAUAUGAUAGUCCUGCAGAUAUUUGAAAAAAUUCAACACUUCUUCCCUUCCCCGAGCCAGUCUUCUUAUGACUUGAUUACAUUCUACUUAAUUACACCCCUCAUAUCCUGGUUGACUUUCUCUUGAUGCACUUCAUUUUGUCAGUGUCCUUCUUAAAAUAUGGCACCUAAAGCUAAAAGCUAAAACAUGUCAGCUAUUUAGAGUUUAGCAAGACUCUUGUUCUGAACCCUAUGCUUAAAUUAAUAAAGUUCCUAAGGUUGUUGUUAGCUAUUUUUGGCAGCCAUAUCACUUUUGACUCAUAUUGAGCUUGCAAUUACCCAAAACUCCAGCUCUUUUUUUUUUUUUAAUGUGAAAUGGUGUUAAGCUAGUCUCUCUAGCAUUAUACUUGUGCAGUUGCUAUUUUUUAUUCUAAGUGCAGAACAUUUUAAUUUGUAAGCCUAGUCUUCCAGCCUGUGGGGAUAUUUUUGGAUCAUUUCUCAACCAUCAUUUUAUCUCCUUCCCAAAUUUGUGGAUGAUUUGUCCAUCCAUUGAUUUGGUGAGCAUGUCGUCCUUUGUCUUCACUCAAAUCAAAAUAAAAAUAUUGAACAAAGUAUGCCUGGAGACAGUGGCCUAUUUUUGUGAGUCAGAUUCUGUGAGAAUAACCUGAGGCACAUUACUAGACUCCUCCCUUGAAGUUGAUAUUGAGUUUGACAUAAAUACUUCUUAGAAUCCAAGUUUGGACCUGAGGAAUCAUCUAUUCCUUCUUUUCUGAAGCAGGGGGAGGCAGUUGGGAGUCACCAGCUUUUGCUUUACUAUCACACUCUAUGUUUGGCUCUGACUUUUGUAUAAAAUGCACUUUGUUGUUGAAUAGUUCAGCUCAUCUCAGUGUAUUUUAAUCAGUGAGCAAAUUGAGGAGGGGGCUAUUGGGCAGAUAUAGUAUUAAGCCCUAAUACCAAUUAAUUUGUAUUCAGAAUUUUUGACUUUAUUUUGGUUACAGUUUGUGAUUUCAAAAGGAAUGAUGUGUGCUCUGAAGUCUGUAAACCCUGUAGAGUUACAUGAAGUGGCCUAUAUUGUCUAUUCCACUGGGCUUCAAUGAUGCUGCCAUUUUGUCAUUCUUGUUGCCUGUUCAGAACAAAAAUGUUUUAUGUGAUGGCCUUGAUGAUUUUGUCUCAUGCUGGAUACAAUUUCAAGUUUUACCACUUAAGACACGUUGUUUUUUACUGAUGGCAGUUGUAUUUCCUUGUUUUCAUUUGAUUUUAAAGUAGGCUAGAGUCUCAUAAAGAAUGUUGUCAAUAGUUAAGUUUGAACUGCUAGCUAUAUCAUAUGAAAUUUUAUUUCUUAAAAGCCUUUUUAAAGAAGUAAAUUAUCUUACUAAAAACUGUUAAAAAAAUAAAUAUUUGAAUGGCAAA